GACAGUCAGCUGGACACCCAGCCCUGUUUCCAAACAGGGCUCGGUUUCCUGUUGUCAGUCAAGCUGGAAAGAAAGGGGGAACAAGAAGUUGUUCCAGCUAACAGUACUUCAGGGGUUUGGGAACGUCUGUCUGACACUUUUUUAUGUUAUGGAAGCAGAUGUUGUCUAUUGUUAAGCAGGUCAGGUUAGGGAGAGGUCGGCUGUAGAGUCUUCCAAUUAGAUAAAAGGGGGAUUCCAGGAUUUGUUUUUAUUUGACUAUGCUACAGGGGCUGUAAAGUUAGUUAGGUUCGUAAUCUAGUGUCUGUACCUGUGUUUGAUGGCUGGUCUUACAAUUCUUAUGUGUUCUUUCCCCAGGAUGUUUAUUUUUAGCAGCAUAAAAAAUGAAUGUUGUCUCAGGCCUUUCCCAGGUUGCAGGUCGGCCCGAGACAAUGCAUCACCAGUCAGGUGAUGACAAGGAGCCUGUCUGCUUUAAUGGGUGGAGCUGCUUGGGAGGGAGAUCAUUCCACAGGGCUGCAGGGAAUUGUAGUUUCAAGCACAGCAUGGAAGGGAGCUCAGGUGUGCUUCAAUGGGUGGGGUGACUGAUGUGCGGGAGGGAGAUAAGUCAUUUCCUACCUAGAAACAAGGGAUCCUGGGGAUUGUUGUUGGAGGGAGGGCACAGAAACAGGAAAUAGCCAGUUCAGAAGCCAGCAGCGUGAUGGGGGACACAGGACACGACCAUUUACCAUCAACACAAGCACAGAUCCUUGGUACGCAUGUCCAUUACUGGAUGACAGAUCUGCUGUCUCUGGACCCAAGUUUCAUAUGUGACUGACAGGAAGCCCCAAGAUGAAACUCCGUCUUCUAACCUGGGACGUGAAGGACACUCUUCUCCGUCUGCGUCUUCCCGUCGGCCAACAAUACCAGGCGGAGGCCAAGAGCAGAGGUCUUCAGGUGGACUCGGCCAGUCUGGAGUCUUCCUUUCGGCAGGUUUACCGUAACCAGUGUCGUAUGUUCCCCAACUAUGGCCUCGGCCAAGGCAUGACGUCCCACCGGUGGUGGCUGGAUGUGGUGUCUCAGACGUUCCGCCUCUCCGGCGUCCAGAACGAGAAGAUCCUCCAACCCUUGGCUGAGAAACUCUACCAAGACUUCCGCACCGACGUUUACUGGGAGGUUCUGCCCGGCGCCAGAGAGGCCCUGAAAGGAUGCGGUGAACUGGGACUCAAGAUGGCCGUGAUCUCUAACUUUGACCGUAGAUUGGAGGACAUCCUCAGGAACGUUGGCUUAGACGGCCAUUUUGAUUUUGUGCUGACCUCCGAGAGCAGCGGUGUAGCGAAACCAGAUUUAGCCAUUUUUCACAAGGCCCUCAAACUAGGGGGCGUGAUACCGCAGCACGCCGCUCACAUCGGGGAUGACUACAUCAACGAUUAUAAGGCGGCGAGACAAGUCGGGAUGUUCAGCUUCCUCCUCCAGAGACAUCUCCGAGAGGACGUCCCCUCAGAUCACGUGAUCCAGUCACUAGAUCAGCUGAUCCCCAAACUACGAGGGCUCAUGAAGUAACGGGGAAAUCGUUAUUCACGUCAUCUUGAAGGGGUUCUCCACCUGUAGACAGUUCAAUGGUUGCUAGGGACGCGCUGCUUGACAACCCCUUUAAAGGGGUACUCCUGUGGAAACCUUUAUUUUUUUUAUUUUUAUUUUUUUUAAAUCAUCUGGAGCCAGAAAGUUAAACAGAUUUGUAAAUUACUUCUAUUAAAAAAAAUCUUAAUCCUUCCAGUACUUUUUAGGGGCUGUAUACUACAGAAGAAAUGCUUUUCUUUUUGGAUUUCUCUUCUGUCACGACCUCAGUGCUCUCUGCUGACACCUCUGUCCAUUUUAGGAACUGUCCAGAACAGGAGAAAAUCCCCAUAGCAAACCUAUGCUGCUCUAGACAGUUCCUAAAAUGGACAGCAGAGGUCAGCAGAG